UGACAUUUAUUCCCCCUCCACUUCUCCUUUUACUCAGAUAGCCCCGGACAUCCUUGUCACCAGCCUUGUCCCAGCGCCUCCAGGACAAUCAUCAAAUCUGCCUCGGGGACUGAGGAACAGCACCCGCAGAAGUGCAAGAAUAUCCCAGGAUGGGCAUGAGCAGCUUGAAAUUGCUGAAGUAUGUCCUGUUUUUCUUCAACUUGCUCUUUUGGUUCUGCGGCUGCUGCAUUUUGGGCUUCGGGAUCUACUUCUUGGUCCACAACAACUUCGGGGCCCUCUUCCACAACCUCCCCUCCCUCACGCUGGGCAAUGUGCUUGUCAUCGUGGGCUCCAUCAUCAUGGUGGUUGCUUUCCUGGGAUGCAUGGGCUCCAUCAAGGAGAACAAGUGCCUGCUCAUGUCGUUCUUUGUCCUGCUGUUGAUCAUCCUCCUCGCUGAGGUGACCUUGGCCAUCCUGCUCUUCGUGUAUGAACAGAAGCUGAGCGAUUCGGUGCGGGAGGGCCUGACUGACAGCAUCCAGCGAUAUCACUCGGACAACAGCACCAGGGCGGCGUGGGACUCCAUCCAGAAGUUUCUGCAAUGUUGUGGUGUAAAUGGCACAAGUGAUUGGACCGGCGGCCCACCAGCUACUUGCCCUAAAGAUCCACAAGUUAAGGGUUGCUACAUAAAAGCAAAAUCGUGGUUUCAGUCCAACUUCCUGUAUAUCGGCAUCAUCACUAUCUGUGUAUGUGUGAUCCAGGUGUUGGGGAUGUCCUUUGCGCUGACUCUGAACUGCCAGAUUGAUAAAACCAGCCAGGCCCUAGGGCUGUGACCUGCUACUGCCUCUGCCGGAAAGACUCGUUUCAUCUCUGGAAAUCCAAAACCACCUACAGCAUGAAGCCCUAAAUGAUCACCUCCCGGACUGGCAUCAUUGUCCCGCUCUCAUCUCUUCCCUGUUUUGACCGCUUUCUCACACAACCGGAGAAGAGGGUGUUGGACUGGCAUUUCCCAUCUCUGGAAGCAGGAUAUCAUUCACCCACUCAUGGUGGCAGCCAUGCCACUCGACGUGGUGACACUAAUACCUGAGCAUUUUUCAAACACGAGAGACCGAGAGAACCUGUGGCGCUAAUGGCUCAAGAUCAAAGGAUGGGUCUAGGACUCGAAUUUUUGCAUCUCCUCAUUGUCAGGUCUCUAGUCUCUAAAUCAGGGGUCCUCAAACUACGGCCCGCGGGCCACAUGCAAAUACAAAUAUUGUAUUUGUUCCCGUUUUGUUUUUUUACUUCAAAAUAAGAUAUGUGCAGUGUGCAUAGGAAUUUGUUCAUAGUUUUUUUUUUAAACUAUAGUCCGGCCCUCCGACGGUCUGAGGGACAGUGAACUGGACCCCUGUUUAAAAAGUUUGAGGACCCCUGCUCUAAAUCAUGCCCAGUUCACUCCAAAGUCAAGAAAGACACAAGCUGAAGGGAUGUCUGGGGCCAGACUUACUGGAUCAUUGUCUGUGGGCCUUGGCUACGGGAAUGACAGAGUAUUCUCUCUUCACAAAUAGUGGGGUUUCAUUUCAAUUUCCUAUUCAUUCAUUCUGUCCUUCCAGAAGAAACUAUGCAGUUAUUCAUAUCCCGACUUCAGCCAAUCUCUUAGCCUUUGAUUUACAUAACUGUGGAAGAAUUCACCAGGACCAGUAUCUCUGGUGGUUCAGAUGAUACUCACAUUCAGAAGAGUUCUGAUAUUUUUUCUUUAUCACAUAAGGUUUUGUUAAUGCGCUAUUUUAACUCUUUAAUAAAUAAAAUAGCAUAUGAUCUCAA